AUUUCCGUUCCAUGUGUACACCCACGUUCUCCUUCCUUCCUCCUCGUGCUCUCCACUGCAUGCCCCUCCCAUCCUUGUCCUGUCUCCCACCAUCCUUGUUCUUCCCACCCCGAGGCCCGUCCCUGCACUAGGCGCCGGUCGCGAGUGCCGUCCCUGACAGACAGGGACAGCUAGAACGCGCCAAGCCAUUUUGCGGAUUCUGAUCCCGUAGUGGCCGGCUUCCAUCUGCUUCAUUCGCCCCCUGUCCUCCCUGAGCUGUGUUUCUUGAUGAGUUGGUGGCGGCAAGGGGGAGGAGGAGGAGCUUCUUCCCGGGUGCCGGCCGCCUGAAGAUCCCAUUUCGGGAGGGAGGUACAAGCACCAUGGGGAUUUUAGGUAUGAUGGGCGACUCGUUCGGUUGCUCCGCUACCGGCGAGCGUCUAGUCUCCGCCGCAAGGGAUGGAGACAUCCAGGAGGCUAGGGCCCUAUUGGAGCUUAACCCCCGGCUUGCACGGUACUCGACAUUUGGGAUCCGUAACUCGCCCCUUCAUUACUCGGCGGCGAAGGGCCACCAUGAGAUUGUUUCCCUUCUAAUCGAAUCCGGUGUCGAUAUCAACCUUAGGAACUGCAGAGGACAGACUGCUCUGAUGCAAGCUUGUCUAUAUGGUCACUGGAAAGUUGUACAGAUUCUAGUUCUUUUUAAAGCUAAUAUUCACAAAAAAGAUUGUUUUAGUGGCGCGUCAGCAAUUCAUUUUGCCGCCCUAAAAGGUCAUACUCGGUGCAUCCGGCUUCUUGUGGCUGAUUACGUGCCUAGCAUGCCAAAUUUUUGGAACAUUAUGCACGGAUUGUCCACGGAGGAAAGAAAUAAGGAAGCCUAUGAUGCAGGCACUCUCCGGAGACUACUCAAUGGGAAGUCAGAUGGAGGUGUCACCCCACUUCACUUGGCAGCUCUUCAUGGGCAUGCUGAGAGCUUGCAGCUGCUGUUAGAUCUUGGAGCCUCUGUCUCUGAGGUCACUGUCAACGAUGGUUCAACUAUUGAUCUCAUAGGUUCAGGAAGCACACCUCUUCACUAUGCAGCUUGUGGUGGAAGCGCUGUGUGCUGCCAACUUCUCAUUGCGGCAGGAGCAAACAUGGCAGCUGAAAAUGCUAACGGGUUGACUCCUUUGAUGGUGGCUCGUUCAUGGCACAAAACCAGCAUUGAAAGCAUUCUAAGCAAACAGCCAGAAGGGAGAUUACGCAUUCUUCCUUCACCAUAUCUGUCUCUCCCACUGAUGAGCAUCGUCAAAAUUGCUCGGGAAUGUGGAUGGAGAAAAACCUCUGUCUCAUCUACUUGUCAUGAUCCAUGUGUAAUAUGUUUGGAGAUGGAAUGUACGGUAGCUGCAGAAGGUUGUGGCCAUGAGUUCUGCACCAAAUGUGCAUUGUAUUUGUGUUCCACCACUAGCAGCUCGACAUCUAUCCGUGGCGUGCCUGGCUCCAUAUCAUGCCCUUUGUGUAGGCAGGCAAUCGUGUCAUUCAUGAAGCUCACAAGCACUACUCCAAUAAAGGAGCUCCCAUGGACAAGCUCAUCAUUAGCUCUAUGUGCGGCAGGUGCAAGCACCACUGGCUCCAAGUGUCCCAGCUCUUUGCACCGCCGGUCUGACAUGAAUCGUCUACGCUCCUCGUCGGUUCACCUCGGAUGCUCCUCUUUUAGAUCCAUCGGCUCUGGGAAAUUGUCAUCCAUCAAGUUAAAUUGCGGAGGGCUUGACGAGACGAUGCCCUGCCUCGUCAGCUGUCUCAGGCCGGAUGCUCGGCGAUCAUCUUCAUAUAGAGAAAGAAUCAGUAGAUAUUCAGAGUUUUCAUAGUACUCCUUUUCGUUGGUGUUGUGUGGCUUGUGCCUCCCUUUUGUUUGGUCAGUUUGGGGGAGGUUUGGCAGUUUCAAACUUGUGCAGUGUCGUUCAUGUUUUAUCUUUGUUUCCUUAUACCUGUAGCUUGAUUUCCUGCUUGUCUUAUAACAUGGCAUGUCGUGUGAUCAUGAUGGUUGAGAUCUGUUUCUGUAUA